GACAUAUUAUAUAUAUGACACGGGUUUUCCCUAUUAGCCUACAGUAUAAGAUCUAGGUACAUAAUAUUGUAUGAGGUCAUUGGUUUUCUCAAAAAGCUUUCCUCAAAAAGCGAAAGAGUUCAUCGAUUGUGCACCGGUGUGUUCUGACGGCAUGCUGAUGAAAGUUUUAACCACAGUAGUUGAGUAGUGUUGGCAAACGUUUUGGAAAUUGCCAUCAGUUUGCUAAAAUGAAAAAGUGAUGUAAAACUUACUGAUGUUUACAAGGCAUGCAGAACUGUUGUUCAAAUCAGUUUGGAGAAUAUCAGUAACUUCUGUUUCUGAAAGUCAUACCACCACGCACAAAUUUCACCAUAACUUUUCCAAGCGUUCAUGUAUAAAGUGUACAUCCGCAAGAAGUGUUGCAUUUUGCAUUUUUCCUAAUUUUGUGAGAAGACAGUAUUGUUCAUUGCCGAUUGGAAGACCAAGAAGAUUUCCAAUGUCUGCAGAAGUUAAUGAAGUUACAGAGGGUCUUGCCAAGGUUGUGCUGCCCAAGUCUGUUUUUUACAACCCAGUCCAAGAAUACAACAGAGAUUUGACCAUAGCUGUUAUCUCUGAAUAUGCAAAACUUCAUUUUGCUAAUGCCCACAAAUCUGAGAAUGGAAAAAGAAGUAAUAAGAAAUCUGAGAAUUCAGAGACGAAGGUAGAAAAAUCUGACAGUGGCUUGGAUCCACAUGUUUUUGAUAAUGAUAUAUUAGAACCGGGGAAGUACUACGAAAAUGGAAUUAAAAUAUUUGAGGGAUUAGCGGCAUCUGGAUUACGGUCUGUACGCUUUGGCCUUGAAAUACCAGGAGUAAAGGAGGUCAUAGCCAAUGAUUUUGACAAAACAGCUGUUGAAUUCAUUGAACGAAACAUUUCCCAAAAUGACUUGGGUCACAUCAUGAAGUCACGACAUGGAGAUGCAGCAAUGGGAAUGUAUGAGCGUAAGUCGGUGGAAGAGAGAUUUGAUGUGAUAGACUUGGAUCCAUAUGGUAGCCCACAUCUUUUCUUAGAUGCUGCAGUGCAAGCUGUGAAGGAUGGAGGUCUACUAUGCAUUACAUGCACAGAUGCUGCUGUACUUUGUGGCAAUGCUCCGGAAAAGUGUAGUGCAAAUUAUGGAGCUUUAUCUCUCAGGUCAAAGUUCUGCCAUGAAAUGGGAGUUCGAAUCAUUCUUCAGUGUUUGGAUUCACAUGCAAACCGCUACUCAAGGUACAUUGUACCACUGAUUUCUCUUAGCAUUGAUUUUUAUUUUCGAGUUUUUGUCCGAGUUUACACAGGGCAAAAGCAAGUGAAGCAUUCUGCCACCAAGAAAGCUAUGGUGUACGAAUGUGUUGGCUGUGGAUCACAUGCCCUGCAGCCUUUAGCUGAAGCAGUGCCAACAAAGGGAGAAGGGAAUUUCAAGUUCAUGCCUGGUACGGGCCCAGUGGUAGGCCCAGUGUGUUCUCAUUGUGGCCACCAUCAUCGUGUAGGAGGUCCAAUAUGGUCAGCUCCCAUUCAUGACAAAGACUUUGUCAAACAGGUGAUACAGCAGGUGCAGACAAACCCAAAACCUUUGGGAACAAAAGACCGUAUCUGUGGAAUGCUCAGUCUUGUGUUGGAGGAGCUACCAGAUAUUCCACUCUACUAUGUUCUAGAUGCUGUCUGCAGUGUAUUGCAUUGUACUCUUCCAAAGAUGACGAUACUUAGGUCUGCAUUUUUAAAUGCUGGUUACAGAGUUUCCUUGUCACAUGCAGCAAAGAAUUCAUACAAGACCGAUGCUCCUGCACAGUUUGUGUGGGAUGUGAUGCGAGAGUGGGUUAAGGAGAAUCCCGUCACGCAAAAACGCAUGGAAGAUGGUUCUGUUACAAAGAGUAUUCUGGAGAAGGCACAGGUGUCACAAGUGAGCUUUGAGGAGCAUCCGGAGGCCAACCCUCAGUCCCGAGAGAUUGGUUUGUUAAGGUGGCAGACAAAUCCAGAGCCCAAUUGGGGUCCAAAGGCUAGGGCCAAGAGGACUUGUGAUGAUGACGCAAGUUCUGCUAAACAAAAGAAAUCAAAGUCUGCUAAUGUCGAAGUGGCCCAGUCUACAGCACAGUGAUGACAGCAGCCAACAAAAAUUUCUGAAUGCCCAAGCCUCAUUUUAUAGGUCACCUUUCAAAGUUUAUCGUCAUUUUUUUUUUUGCGGUUGGGGCUAAAAGUACAUGUCGGUAUCGCAAGCUAUCCACUUAAGUUAGGUUGAGAAUUUUUUACAUCAGAGAUAAAACACUAGUUUUUGUUGUGUUGUUCCUAGACUAGUAUUAGUGGUUCAGUCAAAAUGUGGAUGAAAAUCAACUGUGUUGACCUGUAAGCCUCUGUCUCGUGUCUGCUUGCCCGAGAGGUAAACCUAAACUAGCUACAGGAAGCCCUGUGAUUGGAUGACCCCUGGAAUGUACCAUUUCCGCUUAAGUUGAAUUCUGAGGCAAGAGCCAUGUGUAAAAAGGCGGCAGAUUUUUUAAAACGUGUUUGGGCACAUUUUUGGGGGAUUUUCAUGGAUUCUGGCAGUAUUUCGGCAUUCGGGCACAACCCACUAGGCCCAUGAACACUACAUUUUCCAAUAUUAUCUCAUUUAUUUCUGUGCAAGCUUAGUAACAUGAUUUUUGAUACUUGUUUUCAACAUUCAGUCACUGUAAUAGUGUGUCUAAAUUGGUUUUCACCUUUUAUAGAGCUAUUUUUGUGAGUAUGUCAUUGUUUAACUAAGUUAAGAUUUAAACAACAGCCACAAUACCAAAGUCUUUGCAUUUAACCCUCGUAGCGCUUACCGGAAGCGCUGAGCGUCCUCUGUGCUGGGCUCGCUUAGCCCUGACCGUUCGUGACCUGCCCCGGAGCACUGGCCAGGCUGUGUGAGGCCCAUGCGGGGAAUGUUAUUGUUUCAUUUUUUAUCUUGACAGUAUGCGCUCAUACAUUCACCAAAACCCUAGACAAGUAUACAUUUCUAAAUUCAGAAAGGACUUCACUUUCCAGAGGUAUAGUUUUCAAAAUAAUAACUUAAACUGAAAGCUGUUAAUGAAACCAUGUAUGUUAGUAUGUAAUGUUGUUAGAAUUGGAUUUGUUUACAACACAAGUUUCACUUGCAGGUAAGAGAAGGAAAACAUUGACAACACAUGUGAUUUACCCUGCACUUCAAUGGUGAAAAUUCCCGCGCACAAGUUGAUAUAUACUUCAAAAAAAUGUAAAUGGUCCCGAUGCAAAUGUUCCCAAUUUUGUAAUCCAACUCGAAUUUCACAGUAAUCCAGUAUGAAAUGAUGAAAACCAGCCUUUCACUUUUAGGCACUGUUCGAAUUUGUUUUUUAUGUUUGAAAUAGGAUUUUUUGGAGAUUUUCAAUCUGUACUGCAGUUGGCCAAUCAAAGAAUGAUUGUUCACCCCUCUGCUACGUUGAGGCCCAGUACAAUGAGAGGGGGUUGGCCCUGAAAAGGGCCUUUACAAAGACAUUUUGAUGGGGAAUGAUGUCUCAGUCUAGGCUGCCUGGUCUGCUGCUGCUGUGUUUGCUGGCUCUGCGGCUGACUGGUCUGUUGUCUGCUGUAAGAGCUUCCCCCGAGCUCCGCUGGUGAUCCUUCUGUCUAUGGAAGAGCUGGAAACAAGGAGCGACACAAAGUCCAGUGUCACAGAUCCUGCACUCGAUGGUCGUUGACACUUUCUUUGGUGCAGCUUUUAGGCUGUCGUCGCCUUUGGCUUGUCUUUGAGCAGACAAAGCUGUUCAUGUAUGGCUGCUUCCUUUUUUGUCCCUGGUUUGGCACCUUGGAGGGGAAGUGACGACCAGUCAGCAUGUGCAGUUGGUCUGCGCCUGGACUAGGAAGUAUCCUCCUUCUGGCGUCUUGAAUGGGGGCGAAUGACACCAUCUCCUUGCACAUCAUGUGGCAGAAGGUUCUGUGGCUGAUUGCUGUCCCCCUGUUUGCUACUGCUGUGGCCUUGUACAGUAGGUAUGCAUUUAAUUCUGCCAGCAUGAACAAAUGAAUAAAGAGCUUUGUCCAACACUUCAUUGUCCUCCUCUUGAAAGAACUGUACUGGACCAUCUGGUCUGACCGGUCUACAGCGCCCAUGUACUUGUUGUGGUCGAUGAGAGCCUUGAAUUUGUCAUCAGGGUUGCCAUCUCUGUCAUGACGGUCUGUGCACUGUGAAGAAGCGUCAUGGAUGGUUGUCAGCACGUUGAUUUCUUUCUUGUACAUCCAUUUGAUAUGGGUCAGUUUCCCAUCGGUCAUUACCUUCACGUCUUCCUUCGUCUUGACGACCUUCUUUCCUUUCAUGGCAGCUGCCACUCCGGUGCUGUUUUUACGUAAGGUACCACAGGCUGGUGUUUUUCUGGCAAGAAGGUCGGUAUACAGAAUCAGACUGGUGUAGUAGUUGUCCACAUAAAAGUGAGGACCGGCAUCCAGAUGGAGUCAGCAACCGCAGCAGUGUCAUAGGUGGCCCCCUUCCGUGAGGCUGGCUUCUUACCGCUGUACACUUGGAAGGCUGCGCAGUAGCAGUUGGCGGAGUCGCACAGCAUGAACCGUUUCAUCCCAAACUUGUCAGCCUUCUCCGCGUUGUACACUUUGAAGUGCAGAGGGCCCCUCCAAGCUACCAUUGCCUCAUCGCGGCCAGUCUCUGAGUGGGAUAAUAGGUGUCCUUAAAUGACUACUGAAGAUGUUCCAGGAAUGGAAGGAUCUUGAAGUUAGGGCUGUCCCUCGCCGGCGCUGUGUCGUUGUCGUUCAGGUGGAGGAACCUGAGGAGCAGCAUGAAGCGAUCCAGUGUCAUGCAUGCCCCAAAGAAGCUGAGGCUGUAGACUGCAUCCUGGGACCAGUAGUCAUCCAGGUCAGCAAUUUUGAUAAGGCCCAUGGCUGUAAUUAUGCCAAAGAAAGCCCACCUCUCCUCGAAAGUGGUUGCGACCCACUAACCGAAGCGGCUUUUGGGACUGAUGGUGGUUGAGGCAAGGUAGGCUUCUGCAUACCCGAAGAAAAAACAGAGAAACAAAAAUUAAGUGAGGAUACGAGAAAAAAUUCUCCAGGAGAAUACCACCGGUACCCAUUUUGCACCUGGAUAGAGUGAGGAAAAAUUUAGUAAAGUGUCUUUCCCACGGACACAACAUUGGUCUUUGGUCUGGUAGACCCAAGAUUUAUACUCGCAAUUUUUUAUUCACAAGCACAGCAGCCUACCACUAACUACAGACACCUCAACAAAUUGAAUGGUACAUGCACAUAAAAAAAAAUUUAAAAAUGUAUAUCUAUAGAUGUACACAUGUAACCAAAUAAAAAUGAUCUUUUUCUUCCUUGUUUUCUGUUUCCUCUCUCACUGAAAAAAACCCAACUGAUUUGUAUCCUGCCCCUUUUUUUUCCAACAAACUUUACCUUUACCAUUCCUAUUGCUUAUAUAUAUAUAUAUAUAUAUAUAUAUAUAUAUAUGCUUUACAACCCCACUAAUUGAUUUCUUUCAGAUCUAGUAAGUUAUGAUGUUACUUAGUUUCACUGGGGUAUAUUUUCCUGUUUGUGUCCUCGGUUAUUCUCCCCAUGAUGUUGUCAUCAACUAGUAACUUCAAGAAGGUGAAAGGGUAGGCAUCAGCCUCAACCCUCUUCAGCAGCCCAGGUUUGCCAGUGACAGGGGGUGUCGCUGGGGGAGGUGGGGAAGCGUUCUCAUUCCAGGUCCAGGUGUCGUCUCACGGCUUGGUCGUCGGGGGCAGCAGUUGUGGUGUCCUCCUCUUUGUCACCUCUUUCAGUUAGCCGAAUGUCUAGAUCAUUUGCACCCUCAUCAUCACUGCCAGCAAAGUAGACUUCUCUGGCGGACUCCUGACUCUGGAAUGCCGUCAUUGCUAGAAAAUGAUUCCAUUUCUACGCAGUGUUCUGAAGAUUUCGAUGUUUCUCGCUCAAAGAACGCAGAGAAAGUGCCAGAGAUAGCGUGGGUUCCAAACAAGAUAGCGUCAGUAAAUUGUCAGUUUUUCUCAUUAGGUCACCUAGAUAAUAGUUUGGGUCUAAUUAGGGGCAGAGAUUAAUGCUAAACAAAGGGUACCAAUCAUUCAUUCCCUGUUGAGUCACCUGGAGCGCUACGAGGGUUAAGAUCUACAAACGAAACAAAAGCAACCAUUAUCUUUAUAAAUGGAGCCAAGGAUAUUUAAUAAACACUUAAAAAUGACCACAAAAGAAACGUACUUGAACCAAGCAUACAUAUACACACAAAGAUGAGAAAGGUCGCAUGAAAUUCAAACAUUGAAACAUACAUAAAAAGACACACAAGGAUGAAAAAUGUAAAAACGGGCACACAUGACGCAGUACACUAUCAAGUAGGCCUAUUCGUUUGGAAAGCAUUCACUGCGCAAAAACUGGAGCUGCUCAAUUUCCUUAGUGCAGAGGGAAUGGGCAGCCUUGGUACAGCGCUUGUGCCACCAGCCAUCGCAGAGUUCACACUGUAACCAGAGUUCUUCUUCAUCCCCUUUCUGGUGGCAGCCCUUGCAGAGAUCUGAAUGAACUUCUUCUAUUAGGCACUCAUUAGCAUCUCAAUGCGCUUUUGUGUUUCCAACUGUCUUGUGUUCCCCACUGCUGCUACUCUCCGUUCUAGCUUGACUGGCUUUUGCCACUUUCCUUUGCUUCGCCAGUUCUCUCUUGUUGUUUUGUUUUCUCCUCUUCGGCCUUCUUUUGCUGUCUUGCCAACUUUUCCAGUUCUUUCUUGAAUUCUAUCACUUCUUUCUCCUCUUUUUUCCUCUUAUUCUCUUCUCACAUGGUCUUCUUUACCAGUUUCUCUUUCUCAUCUUUUUCCUUUCUUUGAAGUUUUCUUUUCAUGGCACCCCUGAAGUCCUCUUUACUGAUGGUAGUAAGGCUGGGAGGUUGGCUGCAUGAGAUUGUUGUCCUUGAACUGUACCAAAGGCAUUCACUUGUAGGUGUUGUCUCGAGUCCGAGUGAAGACGAACAAGAUGCUUGCGUUGACAUGACUUUGUUCAAGGAGACAGAAGUAAAUCUUCUUCCACCAUUUGUACAGCCUUUUUUUGUGCAAACCGUAGCGGUCAGCAUGAGCGUACCAGUUCAUAAAUUAAUUAUACCUGUGGAUCAGUGUCGGUUUCUUCACCUCGCUCCUUUGUUUCAGAAUUUGCUCAGCCCCCAGUGCACGACACCAAUAUUGACACUGACCUGUCAUUCAAAGAAGACAUCAGGACUGUCAGUAUUCUUGGAGGUUCACUGCACAACCUGUGAGCAAGCCAUUUCUACGAACUACACCUCUCCGUCUGAGGUUAUGAGGGAGCAGAACUUUUUAGCUGGGGUGGCAUUUGCCUUCCAAUGUUGAUCGUUCCAGUGUAUUGGUGAUGACGAGCAGUGAGGAAGUGAAGCAGAUCCACAGACGUGUAUAAUCUGUCACCAUAUAUGUGGUGGCUCUUCUCAAACAGUGUUAUCAACUUGCCUAUAACCUGCACAGCUUGGGCACAGUUCGGGUCAAGGUAAGGGUGGUGAGCUGUUGCAGCACCAUAAUAAGUGAACACAUUGUAUGUGUACACACUAGGGCUGUCACAAAGACAGAAAGUCUUUAUGUGAUACUUUUUGGGUUUUGACCCAUUGAACUGCUUGUGCUUCCAGCGGCCUUUGUAUCCCAUCACCAUUUCACCUAUGCUGAGCUGUCUACCGUGGUAAAGGGCGCUCUGGAAUUAUUACACCACAUAACCUAGAAACGGCUCGAUUUUGUCUUGAUCCACUGGAUCCUCUCUGCUGGCGUGCAAAAUGGUGUGGUAGAUCAACUUAAACCUUGGUGUUGUCCAGUGCUUUUGAUGUCCUUUUUAAAACGACGAAGUACAAAUUUGAGUACAAGUACUUUUUUAAAUUCCAAAUAGCAGACAGAAGGAAAGUAAAAACAAGUUUAAUAGGCAAUGAAAUCUUGAGUUGUGGUGAUGAGAUGCGAUAAAUUUAAAGCCUUAGAACUUUUCGCUGAGGAAAAAAAAAAAAAAAAAAAAAUCAUACACAAGACAUAAAAGGUUUCCUUUACCUUGCAGAAAUCCUCAAACUCAAUGUAGGCCAAUUCUUCCUCACUGAACUGGGUCCCCCCAAGUCUGUCCAUAAGAACGUUGAGUGACACCUUCACCUUCCGCAAACAGUCCGUGGCAUCAAAGGAGCUGUUCCAUCUUGUGGCAUUCGGCACAAUCAAAUACCUGCCAAGCACUGACAGCAUUGUCUCUAGGAAAAAGUGAGAACAAAA